CGCGCGGUGACCAAUAGCCGCCGCCGCCGCCUCAGUUGAGCUCUGGAUACAACCGAGAGAGCUUCAAAGAGCCCGGUCCGCCCAGAGAGGAGAGGAAACCUCGCUCCGGCUGUGAUGCGUAGCGGCGCCUCUGCGGGCUGAGCAACACUUUGAUGGGAUAAAGCCUCCCCGCGCGCGUCUAACAGCUCGUCGCGUGUGCGCACGUGUUUGCGAGUUUGAGUGUGUGCGCGCGCGCGUGUGUGGAUUCGCGCUUCCGUAGCGCGAGCGCGAACGACAUUAUCGCCCGCGUUUUUUUUUCUUUUUGCCUCGGAGAAACACCUGGCGGUAACUUGGAAGCUUUUUUUUCUUGGACGCUGAGCAAGUUUCGCUUUACUUCGAUUCCAUUCGAGUCGCUUAUUCGAAACCCUGGACGAAAUGGGGAGCGAGAAGUACCUGCCGGAGCUCAUGGCAGAGAAGGACACGCUGGAUCCGUCUUUCCAGCACUCCCUGCGGCUACUGGACCAAGAGAUUGAAAGAAUUCAGAAAGACGAGGGAAAGGAAGAGGAGAAGUUUAUUGAUGUCGUCAUCAACAAGAACAUGAAACUGGGCCAGAAAGUUUUAAUACCAGUCAAGCAGUUUCCUAAAUUUAACUUUGUCGGCAAACUCCUUGGGCCACGUGGGAACUCGUUAAAGAGGCUACAGGAGGACACUCUCACAAAGAUGUCAAUUCUUGGAAAAGGAUCCAUGAGGGACAAAGAAAAGGAGGAAGAGCUCCGGCAGAGCGGCGAGGCCAAAUACCAUCACCUGAACGAGGACCUGCACGUCCUCAUCGAGGUGUUCGCUCCUCCGGCGGAGGCGUACGCCAGGAUGGGUCACGCUCUGGAGGAGAUCAAGAAGUUUCUCAUACCAGAUUACAAUGAUGAGAUCAGACAGGCCCAGCUGCAGGAGCUCACGUACCUGAACGGCGGCUCCGAGGACGCCAAGGUGCCGUCGGUGAGGGGCAAGUCGGUCGCCCGUGGCAGAGGGACACCUGUUCCAGGGCCUCCCAGGACCCGAGGGGGCGUUCCUCCCUUGCACGCAGCGGUGCCCAGAGGAGCAGCGCCCAGAGGAGCCCCCACCAGUCGAGCUCCAUCCUCCAGAGGGAGGGGGGUGCAGAGAGCCAGGGGUGCCCCACCAGCCACCGGGUACCGGCCGGCCCCUCCCAUAGUCCAGGACACGUACGGAGAAUAUGAUUACGAUGAUGGCUACGGAACAGCGUACGAUGACCAAGGAUAUGAAUCAUAUGACAACAACUACAGUAAUCAAGGACAGAACUCAGAGGACUACUAUGAAUACGGACACAGCGGGGAAUCGUACGACUCAUACGGUCAGGAAGAAUGGGCAAACAAUCGCAGCAAGGCACCGUCAGCACGGACAACCAAGGGAGUGUACAGAGAUCAGCCAUACUCCAGAUAUUGAACUGUUUAUACAACACGCACCUGAGUCCUCGUGGCUGUUUCAACCCAAGUAAUGGAUUUUUUUACGGACGCUCCCACCUUUUUAAAAUUCAAAACCUAAACAUAAAUACAAAUGAAACGAAGGCAAUAGGAAGACUGACCGGGUUUCAAAAAUGAGCCCCCCCUUACAAUAAAAAUAUCCUCCCACUGGAUAAAACGUGUAAAGUAGUUAAGGUACAGUCAUUUGUCCUUUCUUUUGGGAGCAAUCUGUUGGACGUUGAGAUUAGUAAAGUCUCCGUAGUACAUUAAGUUUCUCUCUCAGCUACAGUAUGCGAUAUGUGGCGAUCGACAUUGUAUCCGGCAAAUUACUGCAAGUCGACAAGCGAAUCGCCGGACGCCGUCCGAUACAGCGCUACACAGCUGUCGCCGCCACCCAAUUUAUUGCCCUUUUAUUCUUUCAACUUCCAGCUGCGUGGUUGAUCACUUCCAAAUGUAGUAGCUUAGUUCUAGGAAAGUGCCGUAGUGUAGAUAUCUUUUACUGAGGGGUAACUGGUGAAAAAAUCGUGUCCCGUGUAAAUUUGAACAUUUACAAUCUAAUGAAGACAGGACUCAUACUGUAAACAUCUUGUAUUGCUGUUUCCUCUUUUUUUUGUAAAAUAAUAGUUCUUUAGUGUUAAAGGGCUUAUAAAAGCAUGGUGUGCAACUUUGGAUAUUGUCAGCUGUUUUAUUCUGAAAAGCCUGUGUAGUUGUGUCCAUUGAUUAUGAUUAUGACGCCCCUUUAACAUCCACUUUAAGAAGUCAAUAAAAAGCUGCUCAUACUCGAUGUGCACCGUUCAACUGGUGCUACAAAACAGUCCGGGAGCUUUUUUUCUAAUUUUUGUGAUCGAUUUUAAGAUGCACUAAUGAAGUCGGUUUCAUUUAAAACAACUUUUCAGGCAUAAUAACACCAUGAUACUAAAUCACACGCUAGUGGGCUGAGAAUCAUCUAGACAUUUGUUUAACGAUAUUGAUUUUGAGCUUAUGUAAGCCCUUUAAUAUUUCCCUCUUUGUUGAUGCUGAAUAAACAUUUUGAAAGAAAACGCUUGUGUUUGAGAGAAUAAUUACGGACGUGUAAAAAAGACUUAAUUUAAACUAACAAACCCAACUAAAAUGUUUAGCUUAGACUGUUUGAAGCUUGAAAUUGAAUAAGAUGCAGUGGAUCAUCUUAACUGAGUGAUAAACAGAAUGAAGCAUCAUAUGUUUUGCCUAAACUCCAAAGUGGUUGCGUCAUGGCAUCAGCCGAACGAUGCGCAUGAGUGUAAACAGCCAAAUGUCUGUUUGUGACCUUGCUGUCGACCUUGGUAAUCUGAUAAGAAUGCCUUUCUAUUUGUAUCUGAAAGGCCGUUGAUGCAUUUUGUAUGAAAUCUCUCCGACUGAGAUUUAGGGGAUUUAGAGAUAACGACAGUGCCACUCUUGCAACUCUAUCCACUCUGUUUGUUCGUAUAAUUCGAUGUGAACGCCGAUCACGUUGGGCAUCAUCAGUAAACACACAUUAACCUUCUGAGUGUUUACCCUGACAGAAACAUCUCAUAGCGCCGCCCGAGAGCCUCCUUGACCUCCUCUAGGCCUUGUUCACUCCCCCACUCGUACGAGGGAGGUGGGGGGAGGUGUUGGGGGGUGAGGGUUUGCUCUCUCUUCUUGUUUUGCUCUUUCUGUUCUCCUCUGGUCAUGUGACCCCUCUCCCAGUCGUUUAAAGAGCCUGCCUUUGCCCCGUCCAUUAAAGAGACUCUAAAUGACCCCCAGCUGACCUCCGCAGAAAGAGGACGGCAGUAGCUGUUUAAAAAGACCUCCGUCCCACAAGGUCAGUGUUGCCGCUGCACCAGGCCAUCGAUCCAACAACGCACUGCUGCCAAAGACCUGAUGAGCCACACAAAGCUUCCCAUCAAACAUUCACAACCACACGUCGCAGUGAAUCCUGUCAUAGUGAAAAUGCAGUUUCAAAAGGAUCCCCCUCAGGCCGAACAGCGGACCUUCACGUUUCCCGCGCUCUGGACUGAGGGCGAUUCUGGGGGCGACAGAGUGAAGUGACCUGCUGAGAUGCUGCAAAGGGGACGAAGUCUCGCACAGCAUGGUUUUCCAGAGAGAAGGGAAGGAAACUCAAGAGGCAAAUGAAGCUUCUCAUCCUCUGGGACGCUCCGUCGGAGAACAUUUCCUUCAGAGAUUUACCAGCUCUGUAUACGUUCGACGUGCGAGCAGGACGCUCUGAACUGACAGUGAACCCGCCUUCCGUCGUCCUCAGGCUGCAGACAGAGGGAACGCAUCUACCUCUUACAUUAGAAUUAACUCCUGUGUACUGUGAGAGAUCGGCGAAUAAAUAAUGCAACGAGCGCCGAGAAUGACAUAAUGUUUCUCACAAAGACUCCUCCAGUCUCAUUUUGUUGUGCUCAUUAAUCUAUAUACUGUUCACAACACUGAGUGAAUAAUUUACUACUGUAAGUGCCUUAUUGUUGUGACAUGUUUAGAUGCUGGAGAUAAAACGUACGAUGCGCUAGAGGAGAGUGAUUUUUUUUUUUUCUUCGUCCGCGCUGGUUAUUGCUUUUCUGCAUGUGCUGCCACACGAUUGGAAAACACCACGCUUCUGGAAGCGGAGCCUCUUUCCACGUGUAAUGCUUAAUCACAGCAGACGUUGGUGGAUAUUACGGUUCUAAAAUAGCCUUCCCUCGCUGCAUAAGUCCACGCGGGCUGAUCCGCAUUCUGCACCGUCGCGUGUCCUCGGUGGCAGACAAUAGUUUUCCAUUAGAGGAAGUGAUUCUCUCUGGAGCCGCGGGCCGAGCCUCACACAAUAACAUGGUGACCCAACGCUUCCAACGCCAGCUCCUCGAGUCAACUCCUAUCACCUCCCGUGGCCAAAUCCUCCUGGGAAGGGGCUUAAAGCGCUCUAUCUGAAACCAGCUCCAAGUGAUAAAGUACAGUAAGAGCAGCUCAGUUGAUUAACAAUGCAUAUGAAGGAGGAUUUAGUGAUCUGCCACCGGGAGACGGGUCCAUUUCAACACUGGAUUACGGAUCGAUGGUGUGUUUUCUUUGAGGCUUCAGAGGAUGUGGAGCCAAAUUAGAAAUAGAUUAAAAGUCCUGAAAACCCAUUUUUUCACUCAGCUUCGUGCUAUGACAGAUGAUGCCCUACAUGAACACACAAGGAACUGCCAAAGAAGGACAAGUCUUAUGUGUUUUCUGGCUGCUUGUUCAGGGGGUGGGUCUUAUUGUGCGAAAGGUGCGAUUGGUUGCUCCAUUCAAGAGUUUGAUCACUUUUACAGUUUUAUACUGUAGAUCGUUUAUUUGUGUUACUUUUAAUGUUUUUGCCUAGUCUGUAAAUUAAAAUCAAGUCACACCCAGAUAGUUUGUGGAUGCUAUGGUUUUAAUGAGUAUGUUAACAGUGUAAAUGCGCAAUAACUGAUUUCUGGGACUCACUUGUAUCAUAACUUACAGUAUAUUACUAUAUAUUACUUACUCUCUCUCUCAUAUAUAUAUAUUUUUUUUCUAUGUACACAUCACUGUGUCUCCACAGAAAGUGAGUGAAAUUAAUUUUUUUUUCCCAGAUUAUUUUUGCCAGAUCAAAUGACUCCUCACUCAAAAUAUAUUUGUAUAAUUGUAUAUGUCAGUACAGUCAAAUAAAGAGUGGAGUGAAACACUGAAAAUAUAAAAAAAAUAAAAAGUGCAGCACAUUUUAUUCUGAGAACGGAUUUCAUGCCUUAUGUUGCUGUUUACCAAUAUCGAGGUGGAAUCAGACUAUAAUGCUGGCAACACUUACCCUAAAUGGCUGCUAAAAGGCUAAGUGUAAAUGAUGGCGGUGGAGGCGUUUUUCUGCCUG